AUGGCCAAGCUUCCCCGCCAGGCGUGCCCUCCCGCCUUAGUAGCGCAACCGUCCAUCUCGAGUAAGUCACCGGACGUAUCUUUCCUUCCAUCUAAGCAUCACAUUCCAGAAACUUUGAGGAAAGACCCAACUACCAUAUCUCAGACGAGAAAAAGGGGCAAGAAUAAUGGUGAACUCCCGCUCCUUCACCCGGUAUUUCUAUUGGCACGGGAGCUUGACGAGGCCUCACCCGGUGCCCAGCCUCCCAGCCCCUCGUUAAAGUCGCAGCAAACCAGAAACACGACCUGGUGGGGACCCAAUAUUGCCCUCGCAGCGGUCCUGCUCACUUUCACGCGCUUCUCCUGCAUGCGCUUGCACUACUCUGGAUAUGGUACAUUACAGCUCCUCUUUGCAGAUUCGACUUCGUACCUUGCACAGUACCGUCCCGUAAAAGAGAGAGAGAGAAAAAGGAAAACCGCAAAAGACGCAACCGCUGAACGACCCCACGACCUUCAUUGUGUCCACGGCAACCGUCAACGGUGCCCCUCCCCCUCUUCCUCUUCUCGGAAGCCCCCGGUCAUCUUCUUGCCGCCCGAUUUCCAUACAAUUCAUCCAAAGUCCAACGUUCGCCUCAUCUCACCAAGCCUACGUGCUCGCCAACCACCACCACCACCACCAACACUGCCGCCGCCCAGCAGCUCACGACGCACGUCCGGUCAACGCGAUCCCAGCCAUACAUAUCCACACCCCGACUUCGACGGCAUACGUCCACCCAUCCAACAUCCUCGUCAAUCAAUACAUAUUUCUCCCGUUCGCCUAUCUGUCCCUACGCCUACGUCGUCCUCCGUCAUCCUACCCUUUCUGACGCUACUUGCCUAUUUGUACAUCCUUUAUCAUCCCAGCCGCAGAGCGAUCAAACGCAGCUCUCCUCCCGCAGGCUACGCUGCCACCCCGCCUUGGCCUACACGAAUCACAUCGCUCGCCAAAGUCAUCACCUUCAUCGCUGAGGAAAUAAGACGAAGCAAAGCACAUGCAGACGUGCGGACCCCAUCCGAGCUUAUUCUGUGCUUCGGACUCGCCAAAAACUCUCUUUCGAACAGCCCCGGACGAAAGAAAACAUUCUUCCAAAAGCCCGUCGAGUAUCGGUCAAUCCCUCGGCCCCCGCCACCGUCAUUCUCGUCUGAACAUGGUCAUCUUCGCCCUUGCUUCUCUGCACGUUUCCAUCCUAUCUCGUCACAGCGUCUGAUGUCCCAUCUUGCCUACGGUUGCCUGCAUCUACUCCGUCACGCUCGAACUGCAAUUUCAACCCGCUGCCAGCCCAAUUUAGCUCCGACCUGGCACCAAGCCCGGUCAAAACCAGGCUUGAGGUUGACCGUCUUUCGCUUCAAGGCUCAUCCUUGUCACCCGCCUGGUUCGCUCCCGGACCAGCGUCCUGAUCGGCUCACCUUGACGACCUCCAAAGUCCAAUCGCGUUGGCAAGCUGUACAUCUCCCUCAACUUAUCAUGGCGCAGCCAAACAUGUCUUCUGCGGAACCGCCGCCUUCAUCGGGUCAUCAGUCCACCAGCUUUCUUCGUAAACUCUUCGGACGAAACAAUGCGGCCCCGGCAUCCGUCGGCCCGCUCCAAACCAAGGAGCCCGAGCCCGAACCCGAGGUUGACCCCGACUCCGAUGACCAGCAAAGUACUGGCCUGGUGCGUCGAGUCUCGAGAAAAGUCGUGCCCGGACUUCCUCGCGUGCAGACCUUCAAACGCCAACAGUCGGAGCGCAGGAACAACCUCGCACCAGUUGAACCCUCUCCGGCAGAGAGGCGUGCUCUAUCAGUGGACAGGCGCGUGCAAUCGUCACGUACGGCGUCACAGACUCAGUCCUUUCCCCGAGCUAGCGCACCGGACUUUUUCGAAAAUGCGUACGAGGUCCAGUCUGCCCCAUCUGCCCCCGUCAGCCCUGUCGAGGAAAAGGCCGAAGUCAGUCUUGGUCAGAUGGUAUCCCAAAGUGCAGCAGAACCCAUGACAGACGAAUCUCAUGCGCAUGAGGUUCAAUCUAAUUCGGACGCCCACUCAGUAACGACAUCUCAAUCUCACUACGAGGCUAUGAUUCACGAUGAGCUCGAAAAUGUUUGGAUUCUCAACCUCAGCAUGCACUUCCGGGAUAAGUCCAAGAGAGAGAAGUUUUUCGUCACAUACCGAGAAACUCCAACCCACUGGCGUAGAGUAACCAUAUCUCUUGACUAUCGCAAUGCCCCGGAUAACUCUCUCGAGAUGGACCUGCUCCACACCAAGUCUCAACGUGACAAAAGUUCCAAGAUCUACGAAGCCAUCAGAGAUAGUCUGCAGGACAUACAAUUUUACCCAUCAGUCACCAACCUGAAACUCCAAACCACGGAAGGCCGCCUUCAUGUACACGUGGUUGAAGAUGUCAAUGAAAUCAUUCAGUACCCUACCUUCCGCCAAGUCCAGCACUUGGGAUGUCGCAGGAUCAGAGAAAAGGACAUUGUCUUCGACUCUCACAUGUCCGGCUUUGUCUACAAGGUGUCUGUAGGAGGAGAGGUACUCAUCAAGAAAGAGAUCCCAGGCCCCGACACCAUAGACGAGUUCCUCUACGAGAUCAACGCCCUGAACCGGCUCCGGUAUUCAAGGAACAUUAUCCGGUUCUAUGGUGUCGUGGUUGAUGAUGAAGAUGAGCACGUCAAGGGACUGCUCAUUAGCUACGCCGUUCAUGGUGCGCUUAUUGAUGUUAUUUAUGAUAACAAGCAGGACUCAGAAUUAGGUCUGCCCUGGCCGAUUCGUGAGAAGUGGGCACGCCAAAUUGUACAGGGCUUGGCGGAUAUUCACGAAUCUGGCUUUGUGCAGGGCGAUUUCACUCUCUCAAACAUAGUCAUUGAUGAUGACGAUGAUGCCAAAAUUAUUGACAUUAACAGAAGGGGCUGCCCAGUGGGCUGGGAGCCUCCUGAAGCAACGCCUCUUAUCGAAAGUAACCAGCGCAUUUCCAUGUACAUUGGCGUCAAAUCCGACCUUUAUCAACUGGGUAUGGUCUUGUGGGCAUUGGCAGCACAGGAUGAUGAGCCCGAGGCCCAAGGACGACCGUUACAGCUCGGAGACGAAUACGUUGUUCCAGAUUGGUAUCGGCAAAUUGUAGACAUUUGCCUGAGCGAAGAUCCGCGCCUUCGGUUGCAAGCCUCGUCUCUCAUGUCCCUCUUUCCAGAACCCGCGGAUGGAGACGACAUGGCACCCCCGUCAAUCUCGGUAGACGACGGCUAUACCAUGCAGGAAUACUUCGUGGAUGGCAACCAUGGCUACGCCAGGGUCAAGACCGUUCAGCCAGCUCACGACUGGUCGUAUGUAAACUUGGGCCAACCCUAUGUUGACGAACCGACGAGGGGCUUCUCACAGGACCCGUACUACUACACCAGAGGCCGCUCUCCCCCAAGCCCACUGCCAAGUCAUUAUGGGCCUUGCGACUCGCCUAACAUGGGACGUAAUGUCUCCAGCUGGGCUGAAGCUAGAAAUAUUGCACCAUCGUACAGCGAUAUUGGGGCAGACGAGGUCUACGAUCAAAAGAGCGCAACACCGACAACAAGCAAGGACUCCGUCGUUACGCCCGAGCCGUUGGAAGAGACAAGCAAGUCAGUCCGACAAAAGCUGGAAGCAUUGCAGUGGACUCCCCUAUCCAGUGAUCUCGCCGCCCUCGAUCGGGCCGAACUCGACCAUACGCCAGGACAAGAUGGCAAGAGACUCAUUGGAGAAGGCUUAGUCGACACGUUGCGGAGUCACAAGCUAGAGGCAACUGCUACCGUCGAUCCCAUUGAGACAAGACCUGCGAUGGCCAGUCCUAUGACGGUCAAGGAUAUCGAAACAGAGGGGAAAGAUGUAGAGGAAGAGGUGAACGUGAGAGAAUCUGAAGGAACGCAAGAGAGUUCCCCAAACGGAAAAGGAACAGUAGGGCAAUCAGCGCCCGGACAAACGGGGGAAACAGAACCCGAAGAACUGAACAGAAACGGGCAACAUGUUGUCACGAUAGCGGACUCGACAGAAAAGGGGCCAGCUGUGGACGACCUGAAAGUCGCCGAAGUUGAGUUCGAAACCAAUGCCGCUCAAACGGCCGGACCAGGGCUCAAGUCUACAAAGCAAGAGGCGGCAGCGGCGGAGUCACCUACUACUACUCAAAUACCCACGACAGACAACCCCACGGAAGCUCAAGGGGCAGAUACACCAGAACUCAAAGGGGUUGGCGCGGCACAUAUCAACACUGAUGAGCAGACGAUGCGAGAGAAGACAUCCCUUGAUGAUGACUUCGCAACGGCGACAACAGCAACGACGACAGAUGCCCGGAGAUGA